GUCUGAAAAAUAAUAAUUUUAUAUUUAAAUAGAUAUCUAAUUUUUCUAUAUUUAAUUUACGACUGUUAAUUAAUUUGAUUAUAGUUUUUACAUAUUUUCACCUUUUUUUUCCUUAUGGCAACUUAAGUUCAUAAACUCGAUAAGUUUAAUUUAAAAUCGUACUAAAUUCAGGCGUCAAAAAAGACUUCUAGAGAAGAGAGAUAAGGUUGAGGAAAAAAGAAACUAACCACAUGUUUUUAUGGAUACCACGUAGUAUAGAGUAUUUGGACACCCCAAUGUGCUGUCCAAAUUACACUGUUUUAUCAUUACUCAGAAAGGGAGUGGAAUUGAAGAACAUGAUGGCUACUGAUGCAGAAGAAAAUCAAGUAGAACACGGCUCUUGUUAUGACAGGCAAAGGGAUCUUAAGCUUCUUGAUGAAUCCAAAGCAGGUGUGAAGGGCCUUGUUGAUGCUGGUUUGUCCAAGAUUCCAAGGAUCUUCAUUCAUGAAAACCUUAACACAUCUUCCUCUAUUACCAAUAACAAUGUUACUAUACCAGUCAUUGACUUGGGAUCACUGCAUGAACAAGGUAGCUCACGGCAAGAGAUUAUUGAGAAGGUGAAAGAUGCUUGUGAGAAGUGGGGGUUCUUUCAAGUGGUCAACCAUGACAUUCCAGAGUGUGUUUUGGAUGAAAUGAUUGAUGGGGCGCGCAGAUUUCAUGAGCAGGAUCCUGAGGUGAAGAGAGAGAUCUAUUCACGUGAUAUUUCGAGGAUGGUGUAUUAUAACACCAACUUUGAUUUGUACACAACACCUGCAGUUAAUUGGAGGGAUACACUCACUUGUGUAUUGGCUCCAAGGCCUCUUGAUCCUCUCCAACUCCCUUCAAUCUGCAGAGAUAUAAUAAUUAAGUACGCAGAGUAUGUUAAGAAAUUGGGAUUAGUUCUAUUUGAAUUGCUUUCAGAAGCAUUGGGCCUUAAUCCCAAUUACCUUAAGGACAUAGAUUGUGCAGAAGGGCUUUUCAUGCUUAAUCAUUAUUACCCUCCUUGUCCUGAGCCUGAACUCACUCUGGGAACAAGUGGCCAUUGGGAUUCUAGCUUCCUCACUGUUCUAUUACAAGACCAAGUUGGUGGACUUCAAAUCUUCUAUGAAAACCAGUGGAUUGAUAUCACUCCCGUUCCUGGUGCUCUCAUUAUUAACCUUGGUGAUAUGAUGCAGCUGAUCACAAACCAUAAGUUUGUGAGCUCCAAGCACAGAGUUUUGGCUCGAAAAACAGGUCCGCGAGUUUCGGUUGCAAGUUUUUUUAGACAGCAUCUUCAACCUGAGAUUUCAAGAGUGUAUGGACCAAUAAAGGAGUUGGUGACAGAAGAGAAUCCUGCAAUGUAUAAAGAUAUCACAGUGAAGGAGUUGGUUACACACAUGUAUGCCAUAGGACUAAAUGGUGUCUCUGCACUAGAACACUUCAAGCUAUUAUGCAAAGGGAGCUUAAGCUUCUUGAUGAAUCAAAAGCAGGUGUGAAGGGCCUUGUUGAUGCUGGUUUGUCUAAGAUUCCAAGGAUCUUCAUUCAUGACAACCUUAACACAUCUUCAUCCUCUGCUACCAAUAAUGAUGUUAGUAUUCCAGUCAUUGACUUGGGAUCACUGCAUGAACAAGGUAGCUCACGGCAUGAGAUCAUUGAGAAAGUGAAAGAUGCGUGUGAGAAAUGGGGGUUCUUUCAAGUGGUCAACCAUGACAUUCCACAGUGUG